AUGUCAAACACUAGCUCUCAAGCACUUGGAUCAGCAGAUGAGUCGGGUUACGUCACUCCACGCCCAAGACUCAACUGCGACUCGAGCAUCGAACCGAUCGGAGAUUCAUCUACGGGAUCGGAGACUGGGGAAGAAGUGAGCAGCCAGACACCGACUGAGGAGACUUCAGCCCCGUCGAUACCCGAGCCUUCGCGACAGCCGACACCGCAAUCUCCCCUUUACGGACUAUGCCAUAGGAGGACAACGAGAAAGAGCGUAUCAAUUCCGAGAGAAGUGUUGAGGUUAGAGCAUCUGGAACCUGUGUCAGCCCCUCCCGCACCAAGGAACGAGCAUCCCGAACCCAGUCAGCCUCGACCCCCAGUCAUAGGGAUGCCUAUUAUACGUGCACCCGGGAUGACUUAUCAGGAGCAAUGCAUCAUGGAGGACAUGCCCGAGACUUGCAUGAUGCUCGUAGCAUGA